AUGACUACCCAACGUCGCAGCAAGACUAUGCCAACUGAAGGCCAAACGACCAAGUUUCUCUACGCAAUCCUCAAACAACUGGAUCUCAAGACAAUUGACUGGAGUCUCGUCGCAACCGAACUAGAGAUCUCCAAUGGUCAUGCGGCGCGCAUGCGAUAUUCCCGUUUCAAGCAGCAAAUGGAGGCUACAACUACCAUAGCCCCCAAAUCUGUCAAGCCGAAGAAAACCAAUAGCAAAACGGACUCCGGAAAAGCGGCAGGAGCAGCAAAACCUUCAAAAGGAAUGCAUGCUAACGACAAGAAUGGCAAGGGUUCGGUGAAUUUCAGCAACAGCAGCAAGAUCGGCAUUAGUACAAGUGGCGGAAACAGGGGCGGAAAUUCCAAAAAGCGCUCUGCCCCGGAAGACUUCACAAAACAGGAGACAACAAACUACAGUCUGAUGUCGUCAAUCGAAAGGGAUCAGCAUAUGAAUGAUUCCGGUCCGAUGUUGUACCCUCCCUCAGCUAUCCCAUCGUUUUAUCCGCCGUUGAACAGAACCGGGUUCAACUCCGAUACGGCAUUUCCUUACAUGCAAAUGCAGCAGCCGUUACAGCAGCAAAUCCCCGAUCCAUUCUCUACUUACGUCCUAGGAUCUGAAGGCACGAUGUUCAAUCCCAGCUUCGUACCGGAGAGUUACGAUACAUUCGACAACGAACCCCCUGUUGACUACAACGCUGAUACCUCGGGUUGGAGCCCGAUGGAGUACUGUUUUUCCGGUUGCUGUCAGCCUCAGUACCCUCCAACCCCCAAGCUUUUCCAGAGCUAUCCGUUGGAGAAAUCUGAAAACCCAUGCUUGGGCGUAUCCCAACCGUUGACUUCGGAGCCACUAUGUCAACCUCAACAGCCGCAAAAUCUCUGGGUUCCGGUUAAGUCGGAACCUGGGAGCGAAGAAAGCUCCGAUGAUCUUCUUGUUAAGGUGGAAACCGAUGCGUGA